CAGAGUAACAGCUAGAGAAACGAACAGGGAGAAACAACGACUAAAAACAUUGAAAUUGAAUCUUUUUUGAGGGAAGGAUGGAAGAGAAAGUCAAGACUGACGAACACAGAGCUGCAUGAGUAAGAAAGAGAUACAAUAUCCCCCACCUCGUGUUUCUGGAAGUCUCUUCUGUCUUCUCUGAUACUUCACUCACCGUCACCCGGAGGUGAUGAACUUCGCCCUCAGCUUCAAGCCGCCGUCAGCAGGCCGCUCUGGGCCCGGAGGCGGCAGCGGAGCCACCAUGGAGAACCUGGAGAGGCAGCUGAUCUGCCCCGUCUGCCUGGAGAUGUUCUCCAAACCCGUGGUCAUCCUGCCCUGCCAGCACAACCUCUGCCGCAAGUGUGCCAACGACAUCUUCCAGUCAGCGAACCCUCUGUGGCAGUCCCGCGGCUCCUCCGGCAUCGCUGCCAGUGGCGGCCGCUUCCGCUGCCCGUCGUGUCGCCAGGAAGUGGUGCUGGACCGCCACGGAGUCUACGGCCUGCAGAGGAACCUGCUGGUGGAGAACAUCAUAGACAUCUACAGACAGCAGGAUACCUCCAGGCUUGUAAACAUGAAGCCAGAGCAGCAGCAGCAGCAGCUGAUGUGUGAAGAACAUGAAGAGGAGAAGAUCAACAUCUACUGUCUGUCGUGUCAGACGCCGACCUGCUCCAUGUGCAAAGUGUUUGGACAACACAAAGACUGUGACGUGGCUCCGCUCAGCAGCGUCUACAUGAGGCAGAAGACAGAUCUGAGCGACGGCAUCGCCAUCUUGGUCGCCAGUAAUGACCACAUCCAGGCAGUCAUCUCUCAGAUGGAAGAAAUGUGCCGCACUGUAGAGGAGAACGGUCAGCGGCAGAGAGAGCAGCUGGAGAGCCACUUCCACGGUCUGGUGGCCAUCUUGGAAGAGCGGAAGCAGGAGCUGGUGGGUCUGAUCUCCAAACAACAGGACAAUAAACUGAAACAUGUUCGAUCCCUCAUCCGUCGGCAUGGCGAUCACCUGGAGGCCGCGGUCACGCUGGUGGAGUCGGCCAUACAGUCCAUGGAGGAGCUGCACAUGCCUUUGUUUAUACAGAGUGCCAAAGUCAUACUGGAGAGGAUGGCGGUGACAGCAGGCGCCUCUGACAUGGAGCGUCCAGAGCUCAGUUAUCAGAGCAUGAGCCACUUCGUCAUCGAUACUGACGACCUUGCUGACAUGUUGAGGAACAUGGACUUCUGCUCGGGUGUGGGAGAUGACGGAGAAAAGGAUCCUGAAGAAGUGGGAGGGGAGUCAGAGCUGGACUUUGGCAGCAGAUAUUAAGACCAGAACAGAGGUCCCUGCUGCAGUCCUGAGGAAAUGUAAAAGAGAGACGGAAACAGAGGUUUAUCAUAAUCCUCCGUAAGAAAUCCGCACAGUGUUUCAGGAGGGAUCUCACUGCCACAUGACUUGGACAUGAAACAACAACAAAGACAACAUGAAAACACACUAAAUGGUCAGAAAUCAUACAUUUCUGUACAUUAUCAGUUUCUCACUGCAGCAGCACAGAUGCAGGAACACUGACUCGGCCACAUUUUCUUUUUUCCUCCCACAUUGUUCCUUUUUGUUCACUAUAAAAGAAGCCAGUGUAUUGUGU